AUGGGGAUGCAGCAAUCCAAGGAGGAGCUGCUGUACCAGCAGGUGAACUACGGCAACAUCGAGGGGAUUCGGAACCUCCGGGCGCAGGGCGCAGGCGUUGAGUGGAUUGACAAGGAAGGGAAGACGCCCCUGAUGGUCGCCAGCAUGCGCCCUGAUCUGUUGAAUGUGGCUAAAGCUUUGCUUGAGUUGGGUGCAAAUGUGAAUGCAUAUCGGCCUGGAUCACACGCUGGGACUGCAUUGCACCAUGCUGCCAAAAAAGGACUCGAUCCGACUGUCCAUUUACUUCUCUCACAUGGAGCUAACCCAUUCAUAACAAAUGAUGACUGCAAUACCGCACUUGACCUGGCUAGAGAAAAGGGUCAUGUGAACGUUGUAAGGGCCAUAGAGGGACGGAUUUCUCUUUUUUCUGGAUGGAUGAGGGAGAAUUAUGGUCCUGGUUUCUUGGAAGCGUUUGCUCCUCAGUUCAUGACUAGGAAGAUUUGGGCAGUGAUUUUACCACGUGAAGCACGGAGCCCGACAAGACCUGUCAAGCUUGAGUUAGCUAUAUAUCCUGAAUUGCAGGCUGCUAAACCUCGUGUUGUUGUCAAACUUUGGAAAUCUCAACUUGAGGAACCAAAGUAUAAUCUGGCUGAUCCUUCCAUGACAAUUUUUGACAAAGUUACAAUGAUUCCUCCUGCUCUCUACAUCGCUCGUGCACACAUGUAUGUAGUGAUUCAUUUUGCUCUUCAUCCAAAGUGCAUAUCUCUGUGCAAAUGUUCUGUUGGAAAACGGACUAUAGAAUCUAGAUACAAGCUUUUACCGGCUUAUGAAGGUGACAAGCAGCAGCUUCGAUCAUUUUACAGUGCAUGUUGUGGCAUGGCACAGGUUGCCAGCAUGGUUCCUGCACGACCAGUGAAUGCCCCCAGUCCAAAUCCAAUUCCAAAUCCGUCUUUGGCGCCUUCAGCGGAAUUGACUCCCAGUAAGGAGGAUGUUGAGUUAGCGAUGGCUAUCAAUGCCUCCAUCCAAUCAGCUAUAGCAGAGGGAGUGCCCAAUGUGCAGCCAAUGACAUCAACGAACAGCUCUCUCAACGGAUGGGGCUCACCAGAUUCUCCAGCGCCUUCAAAAACGAGUGGCCAAGCACAGGGUGAUGCUCCAAGCAGCAGCAAAUACAAUGGAUGGGAUGUACCUGGAACAAGCUCUAACCAAAGUUCAUCGAAACCUAACAAAAGUCAAAAUAACAACCCUUCGAUUGCGAUUACACCUGAGGCACUUCCGGUUCCAACACCAACUGCACUUCCGGUUCCAACACCAACUGUACUUCCAACUCUUCCAACACCAACUGCGCCACCACUUGCUGAAGGAACCUUCUACGAUGGCCCUAUUGAGUAUCCGUCCAUAGAUUUCACACCAGUUGAUGUAACCAUGCCACCCACGGAAGGUGGUGGUACGGCGCUAAACUCUGCAAAACCUGUAGAAAAUGAAGCCGGUGCAAGCAGCAGCGGUAACACCCCCUCUGGUACUUGUGUGAUUUGCUUGGAUGCUCCUGUGGAAGGAGCCUGCAUUCCAUGUGGUCACAUGGCUGGUUGCAUGUCCUGCUUGAAGGAUAUCGAGUCGAAGAAAUGGGGGUGCCCCAUUUGUCGUGCCAAGAUCAACCAGAUUAUCCGCCUGUAUGCAGUUUGA